UGAGCGUUGGGUUGGUUGAUGCUAAGGGACCGCCAGCGGCGGCCUUCCGGGGUGUCUAGAGCAAGCCGAAGUAACUGAAUAGGCUGAGGAAACUGAGAAGCCUGCAACUGAGGUGCAGUAACAUUAGAGGGGAAUCAGAUUCUUCAUCUCUGACACACCUGAGGUGAAGAGGGCGAACAUGUCAGGAAUCAAGAGGACGCUAGAAGAGAUGGACCCAGACUAUGAGGAGAUCUCAGUUGUGCAUUCAAAUAAACAUCACAAAGCAGCUGAACAAUCGGCUCGAGAUGCUGCAGUACUGAAGAUCGAGGCAAUUAUCAAAGAGCAAUUUUCAGUAGAAAUGAAGAAUAAAGAACAUGAGAUUGAAGUUAUAGAUCAGCGCCUGAUUGAGGCAAGAAGAAUGAUGGAUAAACUGCGUGCCUGCAUUGUUGCAAACUACUACGCUUCUGCUGGUCUCCUUAAAGUUGGAGAGGGAACCAAAGCCUGUGAUCCUAUGGUUUUUAACCAUCCAUCCAUCAAGAAGUUUUUGGAAUCUCCAUCCAGAUCAUCAUCUCCUGUUAAUCAAGGGUCGGAAACCCUGUCAGUUAACCAUUCGGAGAGUGAAUCAUCUCAACACGCGGACUACAUGACGGGAAAGGACAAUGGCAAUCUGGAAACGGAAGAGAGAUUGUCAAACAAGCACGACCAGAGACUGAGCAAGAAUUCUGGACAGGGCACUUCUGGUGUUGCAAGAGAUCGCAAAGUGGGGCUGAGAAAUGCUGGUCUCUCAAAUGAAGAGUAUUCACGGCUGUUUGUGAAGAAAACCAUAGUGGUUGGCAACGUCUCCAAAUACAUUCCUCCUGUUAAGAGAGAAGAGAACGACAAGUCCACUCAUAAAUGGAUGGUGUAUGUCCGAGGAUCCCGCCGAGAGCCCAGGAUCGACCACUUUGUUAAGAAAGUCUGGUUCUUCCUUCAUCCCAGCUACAAACCAAACGAUCUUGUAGAAGUCAGAGAGCCUCCUUUCCACCUGACCAGACGGGGCUGGGGAGAGUUUCCUGUGAGGAUUCAGAUUCACUUUAAGGAUAGCCGGAACAAAAGGAUUGAUAUCAUACACAAUCUGAAGUUGGAUAGAACGUACACCGGUCUACAGACACUAGGUGCUGAAACGGUGGUGGAUGUUGAGUUGCAUCGGCAUUCUCUUAAAGAAGAAUAUCUAUUUUCCCAGUCUUCAGAUUCUGAUUUUUCUGAUGCCCCCAACUCAGUGCCUUUAAAUAUGCCAGCGCCUGUGAAAGCAUCUUCACCAAUAAAGCAAAUGCAUGAAUCCGUUACAGAUGCUUCUGCUGAAAAAGGGUUCAGCACUGAAGCUGAAAGGCAUACAACCUUUUAUUCCCUGCCAUCGUCCUUAGAAAGGACUCCCACUAAGCUUGUGACCCAGAAAGUUACUUUUGGCUCCCACAGCAACUCGGCUUUUCAGCCAAUUGCAGCUAGUUGCAAAAUAGUCCCUCAAGGUCAAAUCCCAAGCCCUGCUGAAUCUCCAGGCAAGUCUUUCCAGCCCAUCACCAUGAGCUGCAAAAUAGUAUCAGGAUCUCCAAUAUCAACCCCAAGUCCUUCUCCACUACCUCGUACCCCAACCUCUACUCCAGUGCAUAUGAAGCAAGGAACUGCCGCCCCUAUAGUCAGUAACCCUUACGUUAUUGUGGACAAGCCUGGCCAGCCAGUUGGAGCAGUGGCCACAAAUGCAGGUAGCCCUGCAAGUAAGGUUGCAAGCGUUUCUCAAGCCUCUCAUGGAACGGGCUCUCCAGUCUCUAAGAUCCAUGGAAGCAGUUUUGUAACCUCUACUGUCAAGCAGGAGGACUCGCUCUUCGCAACCAUGCCACCUCUUUGUCCAAUUGGGAGUCACUCCAAGGUACAAAGCCCUAAAUCUGUGACAGGAGGACCCGGAACAUUUACAAAGGUUAUAAUAAAGCAAGAGCCUGGAGAACUGCCCCAGCAAUCUCCAGUGCAAGCAACUGGGACAGCCUCUCAGACAUCUGUACAGCAGUAUGUCACUGUGAAAGGGAGUCACGUGAUUGCUUUGUCACCUCAAAAGCAAGUUGUGAGCACCGGAGAGGGAUCCACAUCAUCUAAGAUCGUUAGUGUUCCAGUUGGGUCUGCUUUACCGGCUUCAGUCAAGCAGGCUGUGGCCAUUAGUGGCGGACAGAUACUAGUGGCAAAAUCCAGCCCUUCAGUAGCAAAGGCAGUUGGUGGGAAACAAGUCGUAACCCAAGGAGUAGCAAAAGCUAUUGUGAGUGGUGGUGGAGGAACCAUUGUUGCUCAGCCCGUGCAGACUUUAACAAAGGCUCAGGUUCCAUCGACGGGAGUUCCCAAGAGUGGAUCCCAAGGUUCAGUAAUGGCAACACUGCAAUUGCCAGCCACUAACUUGGCCAACCUGGCGAACCUACCCCCUGGCACGAAACUGUACCUCACCACCAACAGCAAGAACCCUUCUGGGAAAGGAAAACUGCUGCUUAUUCCUCAAGGAGCCAUUCUGCGAGCCACGAAUAAUGCCAAUCAACAAUCAGGCACUUCAACAAGUGGAAGUGGAGGAACCCAAAGCACCAGCACUGGCUUAUCUCAGCAUCUCACCUACACAUCUUACAUCCUCAAACAAACACCGCAGGGCACGUUUUUAGUUGGCCAACCAUCUCACCAGAGUUCUGCAAAACAAGCAUCAGGAACAGUUGUCCAAGGUAAUGCGAGUGCUGGAACAUCAUCCUCCCAAGGACAUCAGGCACUGAAAGUAAUAACUGGACACAAAACUGCUGCUUUAUUUGCACAGGCAGCUUCCAGUGGCCAAGCUUCACUGAUGAAAAUAUCAGACAAUACACUGAAAUCGUUACCAGCAUCAUCACAACUCUCAAAACCGGGCACCACUGUGCUAAGAGUAGCCGGCGGGGUGAUCACCGCAGCAACGACUUCUGCCGUGACGCUUCCAUCAAAUGGCGUUGCACAGCAAGCAGACAGUGUAAGCUCUAGCUCAUCUCCAGCUGCAGGCCCUGUAGUGAAAGCAUCUGGACAGCAGCAGCAACUUCCUGUCAAUGCUGGGCAAACCGCAUCAGCUGUGCCUAAUAAAACAAGUGCAUCAGCCGUAGUAAGCAUAGCUUCCUGGGUGACUGCCCCAGCUCCAGUAUCUGGAAAAACUGCAGUAUCAGGGUUGUUAAAGAUUCACUCCAGUCAGAGCAGCCCACAACAGGCUGUGUUGACGGUUCCCAGCCAACUCAAGCAACUUGGUGUGAGCACUGCCUCCGGCGGAGUCCAGACAAUUUUGAUGCCUGUGAACAAAGUGAUACAGUCGCUUUCUUCCAGCAAAGUGUCUGCUGUUACACCUGUGUCUUCAGCUAAUCCAGUUGUUCCAAGCACUUCUGCAGUUUCUGUCACAAAAGUUAAGCUAGAGCCUGAUUCAGCAGGACAGAGUUGCGGUUCUCUGGUCUCCCAAGAUGGUCAGAUGACAGUAAAAGCAGAGGAGAGCUCCGAACUUGGAAAUUACAUCAUUGGGACAGAAUAUUUAGACAACCUCCAACAACUUUUGACAGCGAUAGUGAAGAAGGUUCCAUUAAUUGCUGAGAGAACUGAAAAUGCCAAUUCUUUCUGUGCCGGUUCUGUGGAACAGUAUUAUAGCUGGAAUAUUGGAAAACGGAGGGCCGCUGAGUGGCAACGAGCACUGACAGUAAGGAAAAUCCUCCAAGAAAUGAUAGAGAAACACCCUAAAUUUCACAGCAUUGUUCCUCUGAAAACAAAGCAGGUUGUACAUUGGUGUCGCUACCGAGGGUAUACACCACCUGACCCAGAAGCUCUUCGGAAUGAAGAUUCCAUAGAAGAUGUGUUAACACAAAUAGACAGUGAGCCAGAAUGCUCAUCUUCUUACACUACCGGGGAAGAGAUAUGUCAAAAGCUUGAAGAGCUAGAGCAGUUCCUCAAGCAAGAACCAGACAAUGAUGAGGAAGUAGACAUUCUCAACAUUAUUGAGCCUCUGAAAAUAAACAUUAAAACGGAGCAAGAGGAGAAACAAGCAGAGGCAAAAUUCUACAUGACACCCCAGCCUGCAUCAGAGUUCGUGCGUGACACUGUACAACAGAUAGGAAUUUCCCUUCAGCCCGUAGAGCUGCACAAGAACAUCUAUGCAUCGGUUAUAGAAGAUAUGAUUUUAAAGGCUACAGAACAACUGGCCAGUGACAUACUAAGAGAAGCAUUGGCUGUGGGCUGUCAAACAGCUCCUCGCCACAGGACUCCAAGAGAGAUCACAGUGAUGAAUAUUCACCAAGCCAUCUGUAACAUUCCCUUCCUGGACUUCCUCACAAACAAGCAUAUGGGAAUAUUGAAUGAUGAACAGUGAUCCAGACUGAAAUGCGUCGAAAGCCAGAUUAAAAGCCCUGGUGCAACCAGAUCUUAAUGUGUCUAGAUACAUAUUUUUUAGUGUUGGGGCUCAGUUACCUGGAAUACUACAAAUUCAAGUUUCAAAUACAAGAGGAAAAAGUUUAAAAGAUUUUGUUUCAAGAAUAUAUUAACCUUUUCCAGAAAACAUGUAAACUUUUCUUUAAAAAAAAAAAAAAACAGUUCCAAAUUUCAGAUGCCUGAUUUCAUUGAAAGUUUCUCCUAAGUUAGCUUGCUAUGAUAGUUAUAAUAGCAUUUUAGAUCAUGGCCUAGAUUACUGGGGUAAUGUGUUUGCAUGGAAAUCACUCAUUGCAGACACCUAUUAAUGUAAUCCAGUAAAUACAAGCUUCCCUAACUCUAGAGACUAGCUGCCGCUGGCAUUGAAAUGAAAUGCAGAGUUAUAGCCUGGCUUGGAUUACCAGAAUGAGCCUAGCCUAUGCCUGAUCUUAUGCACUCCCCUCUCCUCCUCUAACAGGACCUGGAACUCAGAAGCUUUUGCUUCAUAAGAAGGUCCUUGCUGGAUCAGACCAAAGGCCCGUCUAGUCCAGCAUUCUGUUCUUACAGUGGCCAACCAGAUGCCUAUAGGAAGCCCUGAAGUAGGACAUGAGUGCAGUAACACACUCCCACUUACAUUUCCAGCGACUAGCAUUAGAGGCAUUUUGCCUGAUACUGGAGGUAAUAUAUUUUCUGUAAUAUAUUCUGGUUUUUAUUAAGCAUGUUGUAGGAUCCCAAACAAACAGUAGUUUGUCUUAACUAUUAUUAGUGGAAUCAAAUCAACUUCAACCUGUAUUUUUAAAAUGUGGUUUAUUUUCAUUAACCAUGUUUAAGAUAAGCCACAGUUUAAUAUUUGGGUGAUAUGCUAAACUGCAGUCAAUCCAAAAACAGAAACAGAAUCUCCUUGUGACUGCGCCAGACAGAGGGGAGUGCGCAAGCCUGGCACGAGGCUAGGUUCAUUUUUGUAACGCUACAUCCAAAAGCAACCAAUGAGCAGCUUAGACAGGUACACAUAAAGGUAGCAAAUAUUUAUCCUGUUAUGGUAUAAAAUGGCAAACCAGACAUCACAAACGCUCAAAAGUCUGCAUGGAGUAGGUUGGAAGUUUAUUCAAGACAUUUAUAAUCUGAAAUCUGCUGUUCAAAGGAAGUAGUUUCAUACAUUCAUGUCACUUGCCUAGUUUGGUUUUUAUCCCGCAAGAAAUAAUGUCCUGUCUCUCACCCCUAUCCCGUUGAGAUGCCAUUGGCUAAGAUGCUUUACUUGGCCAGCAAAACAAACCUUUAACAGCAUAGAGAGUAGAGCUUUCCUGUAUUUUUGUUCAGUCUGUUCAUAACUUUAUUUUGUUUGCUGAUUUUAGUAUCUUGAAUUGUGAAGAGCCAUUCUAGAUCUCCAUUUCAAUCCCUGACAAUAAGAAUGAUUUAGCCCACAUUAAGAUGGGCCAUUUGAACAUAGUAUUUUUGCUAGAAGAAAGAGUUUCCUUCCAAAUUUGACAGUUUUUAUGUCCGUGACUCCUAGCCUGUUUUGGGGAUUAGGCACUCUUAACUAGGGUGACCAUAUGGAAAGGGGGACAGGGCUCCUGUAUCUUUAACAGUUGCAUAGAAAAGGGAAUUUUAGCGUAAUUUGUAUCCAUGCAGCACCUGGUAAAAUUCCCUCUUCAUCACAAUAGUUUAAGCUGCAGGAGCCCUGCCCUCUUUUGUCUCUGGUCACUCUAGUAUAGCUCCUGCAGCUUUAACAGUUGUAAUGAAGAAGGAAUUUCACCAGGUGCUGCAUGCAGAUGACGCUAAAAUUCCCUUUUUGACGCAACAGUUAAAGAUACAGGAGCCUUGUCCUCCUUUUCAUAUGAUCAUCCUACUCUUGACACUCCAAGGGCUAAAAAAAAAAAUAUCAGUCCAUUUGCACUUCUCGACACUGUCCACGUGUGGCUCCUUCCUCUUGUAAUCGCCACUGCUCCCUUUGUGCUUGCUUUACUGAAAAGUAGGGGAGGAGGGUUGAAUUGGCUGGCUUGUUAUUUUGGGUAUCUGCCACAUUGGGGUGGGGAGGUUUCGUUUGAGAAGGAUUAGCCUUCCCUCCUUGAGUGCUACAGUCCCAAUCUGCAUUAUCCCCUCCCCUUUCUUUUGAGUAAAACGAAAACAGAAAGGGUGCUGUCACUACCUAUUUAACAUUUAAAUAGGCAUUCAACUGGCCCUUCUAGUUAGUGGUAACGUUUUUGCUAUCAGCCCUUCUAUCUGUCAACUUUACUUGAAGGAGAGAAAUCUAAACAUAUAACAAGAUCAUUGAAACCAAGAUUAAUCAAUCUAACAAAGAUAGACUUCUAUCUUGAUGUGGUGAAGGAGCUAUUUCUGAAUGCAAUAGAAGAAAAUCUGUCCAUUCAAAACUUAGCAUGCUUCAGUUUUGACUUGAUUUUGCCAGUUCUUUCUUUCAUUGGGAAAUGAGAUUGUUGUUACUCUAGACUGGUUUCUUUAACAAGUUUUUUCAGUGAAACUGAAGUAAUACUGUUUCCAGAUGCCCAAAUUGCUUUUGCUGAACCAGAGUAACCUCCUUGAAAUUAGUAGAAGGCUACCAUUUGUCCAAAUUGGCCCUUGGCUUAAACUCUGUGCAUUGUAUUAUAAUGUAUAAUUGUGUAAUAUACAUUUACAAUAAAUUUUCUUUAUUAAACA